CAGUUUUUAACCUUUACAAGAAAAGAUCUGGAAAGCCAAUCUAAGGAAACAACAAUCCAGACUCAGAGGGGGAGGCAGAUUGGAGAAAAAGCAAAGCAAAAGCAAAUCAAAAGCGAAAGGCUGUACAACCUGGAAAUAAAAAUGAUUUCUGGGGCCACAUCUAAUUGUUUCCAAACCAUGCCACAACAACAAGAAGAUGAGCACCAAGGUUUACAAAUCUUUUCCAUGACUGAAGAUCCUCAAGUUUCUUCAUUUUCAACCUCUUCAGGCCCAGAGAACCACUCAACCUCUCUCCUCUACAGUCUCUCGGUCCUCAAAGAGAAGGUUCGCCAAGCCAAAUCCCUGUUCAGCAUCCUUAUCUCUCCAGAUCAUCACCACCAUCAAAGUCAACCCCCGGAGUCGACCAGCAUGACCAUAGCAAGCAUGAACAAUGUGAUCCAAGAGAUCAUCGUCACGGCUUCUUCGAUGAUGUUCACCUGUCAGCAAAUGGCCCUUGUGUCCUCUUCUCCUCCUCCUCCAGGUAAUAACAACCCUACUAGCACUUCUAAUACUAUUGACCAUGAAGAACAAUUGCUCCACCAUCAAGGCCUUAAUAAGCCUCCUCCUCCUCCUCGAUUUUCGCAACCAAACUUUGGUAGCGGCCCUGACAAUAAAAUCGACACUCCUUUCUAUCCAACUAAUGAUGAUCAAGCACUCGAUUGGUUUAGCGACAGCUACAUCGAUUGUACCACAAGAGAUACGAAAACUAGGCAUGUGCAAGGCAUUCAACUGCCUAUUUCUCCGAAAAGCUUCGACAUUAUUGAGCUAGAGGCUGCUGAUUUGCUGGCCAAGUACACCCAUUACUGCCAGGUUUGUGGGAAAGGGUUCAAGCGCGAUGCGAAUUUGAGAAUGCACAUGAGGGCUCAUGGGGACGAGUACAAGACCACCGUUGCACUAAGCAACCCCAUGAAGAAAAACAAUAGCACUACAAAUAACAACAACAAUCAUGGCGCCGGAGGCACAGAUGGAAACACAGAUUGUUCGACGAAUUUGCCAAGGAAAUAUUCAUGCCCGCAAGUAGGGUGCAGGUGGAACCAGAAGCACGCCAAGUUCCAGCCCUUGAAGUCGAUGAUCUGUGUGAAGAAUCACUACAAGAGGAGCCAUUGCCCCAAGAUGUAUGUGUGCAAGAGGUGCAACAGGAAGCAGUUUUCUGUGUUAUCUGAUCUGCGCACCCAUGAGAAGCACUGUGGGGAUCUGAGGUGGCAGUGCUCAUGUGGAACCACAUUUUCAAGGAAGGACAAGCUCAUGGGUCAUGUCGCUUUGUUCACAGGGCACACGCCGGUUGUGAUCAGUUCUUUGGCUAGUAGGCUUGGGAAAGCUGAUCAAAGGAGCCAUGGAUCACAGAUGUAAUUGGACUGACUAUUAAUGGUAAAGAAAUUGAUUAAUGUUUUCGUUUCUGUUUGAUA